AUGCAAUAACCAGAUUUUUCUGAUUGUAAGGAAUACUCCCUGGACGAAAUGAAGAAUUAUUAGAAUGAGGAAGAUAUAAAGAGACUCACACAAAUUCAAUAAGAAAUGCAUCAAUUGAAAAAUUUUCAAGAUGAAAUCGAUGUGCUGAUUACAAAAAAUGAGGACCCACUAGAUAUAAUCGCGGAUUAAACUCAAAAGUCAAGUGCAAAUGUCAAUAAUAUCAAAUAAUAAGCAGAUGGUGCUUUAGAUGAUACUUUAAAUCUAAGAAGCACCAAAAUCACUCUUGCAUUCUCUGGAGUUAUUGGAGCAUUUUCAAUGAUUAAAGGAUUUGGACUUACCAUUGGGGCUGUAGUUGGGGGUUAUAUUGGUCGAAAAGCAGGCUAGAUGUCAUAAGGAAAUAUAAAAGAGAAAGCUAGUGAUUGA